AUGAAUCAUGUCAUUAUUUACACCAAACCGUCCUUGGUCGUAUUCUUUGAUCACGUGUGGAAAGAGAUAGAGAAUAUUAUAUUUGAUCACGUGAGGAAAGAGAUAGAGAAUAUUAUAUUUGAUCACGUGAGGAAAGAGAUAGAGAAUAUUAUAUUUGAUCACGUGAGGAAAGAGAUAGAGAAUAUUAUAUUUGAUCACGUGAGGAAAGAGAUAGAGAAUAUUAUAUUUGAUCACGUGAGGAAAGAGAUAGAGAAUAUUAUAUUUGAUCACGUGAGGAAAGAGAUAGAGAAUAUUAUAUUUGAUCACGUGAGGAAAGAGAUAGAGAAUAUUAUAUUUGAUCACGUGAGGAAAGAGAUAGAGAAUAUUAUAUUUGAUCACGUGAGGAAAGAGAUAGAGAAUAUUAUAUUUGAUCACGUGAGGAAAGAGAUAGAGAAUAUUAUAUUUGAUCACGUGAGGAAAGAGAUAGAGAAUAUUAUAUUUGAUCACGUGAGGAAAGAGAUAGAGAAUAUUAUAUUUGAUCACGUGAGGAAAGAGAUAGAGAAUAUUAUAUUUGAUCACGUGAGGAAAGAGAUAGAGAAUAUUAUGUACGACGCUAAGCGAUUACCUAAACAUAGGAAUGUAGAGGAAGACGUUGCUAGAAAGUACUUUCAACAACUCGUAAGCGCUGUUGAAUUUUGUCACAGUCGCGGUGUCUCACACCGCGACCUAAAGCCAGAAAACCUUCUUCUGGACGAAAAUGGAGAUCUGAAGGUCUCCGAUUUCGGAUUGUCAGCAUUACCAGAGCAUCAUUGGAGCGACGGUAUGCUUCACACGCAGUGUGGCACGCCGGCUUACGUGGCGCUUGAGAUUUUGAGGAAAAAAGGGUAUGAUGGAGCAAAGGCAGACAUAUGGUCUUGUGGGGUUGUUCUCUUUGUUUUUCUUGCCGGCUACUUGCCAUUUCUGGAUGAGAAUGUGAUGAGAACUUAUACGAAGGUUUUCAAAGCUGAGUAUGAAUUUCCACCUUGGAUUUCAGGGGAGGCAAGGUUGUUGAUAAAAAAGGUUUUGGUUGUUGACCCGGAAAAGAGAAUUUCGUUUCAGGAGAUAAUGAGGGAUCCUUGGUUUCAAAAGGGUUCAAAUUUUCCUAGGCCAAUUAGGGUUCCCAAUUCCAUUGAAAGCGACCAAAACAGAAAGGAUGAUAGAAAUGGAAAUUUGGGUAGGUCAAGAAGUGGUAACAUUACUACUAGUACUACAAAAUAUUCAUCAUCAUCUCCACCAUUUUUCAAUGCUUUCGAAUUCAUAUCGUCCAUGUCAUCCGGGUUUGACUUGUCGAACAUGUUCGAGGACAAGAGGAAAUCGGGGUCGAUGUUCACGUCCAAGUGCUCUGCCUCCGCGAUCAUGGUGAAGCUGCGGGUGGUGGCGGAGAGGUUGAAUUUUAGAGUGGUGUGUGAGAAGGAAUUCAAGGUGAAAUUGCAAGGGAAAAAGGAGGGGAGGAAGGGGAAGUUGGCAGUGUCGGCGGAGUUGUUUCAGGUGGCGACGGAAGUGGAGGUGGUGAAGUUCUCAAAAUUGGCCGGUGACACUCUUGAGUACACCAAGUUUUGUGAGGAGGACGUGAGGCCUGCACUUAAGGACAUUGUUUGGACUUGGCAAGGUGAAGAAAAUGAGUGUGAACUAAAAAAUGUUGAAAAUCUUGACUGUCAUUAA